AUGUCACAGAUUUAUGGAUUUUCUUAUGAAAUAAAGUAUCCUGAUAAUUUACCGAAAUAUGGAACACCAAAUUGUACUUUUAUAAGCCAAAUUUCGGUGGUAAAUUAUACCGAAGCAAUUCUUUUGACAAGUGAACACACAUUUUCUUAUGAAGUAAUUCUUAUUCCCCCAAAUAGUUUUACUUCAAUUUUAAACUUUAGUGUUACUCCAGAUAGCGACGACCCAAUUGUAUUACUAAAUAAGCGAAUUCCAAUAAAAUUUGAUUUCGAUUGCUCCGAAGCACCUCUACUAUCACUGAAGAGUAGUGAAGAUACAGUAUUCGUCGAUAGGAAGAUAUCUUUAGACGUGGUUUUAUUAGUUAAAUUAAAUUACACACGAUACUAUAGUCUUGGUUGUCAAUUGGCUCGAAAUUAUUCGAAUUGUUUUGGUUGCCAAAUUCAAGGAAUUCCAUCUUUCGCUGAUGGUUUAUUUAAUAUAACGCUCAAUCCUAUAAUGAAUAUUCAUUGUAACUAUUCAACUUCACCACUCAACAUUACUAUAAUAGAUGUAUAUCAAAAUUCAGCUUAUACCCUUCAAGUAAAUAAUCCACUUUCCACUUUAAAUAAUACCAACUUUAUAUCAGUAUCUACCUAUCCAGAAAGUAUUCAAAUAGUAGCUACAUAUAAUAGUAAUAGCAUUGGACCAAAAAUAUCUUCAAUCAUAGAAAUAAGAUCUAAAGAAAAUCAAUUAUUUAAUUUAAUUGCUAUGAAUUCAUUCUCAAAUAAUAAUAUUCUACCCACUUUCAUUGGUUAUUCCUCCAAUACAUCUUCAUCUCAUUAUUUAUGUCAAACCCCUAUUCAAACUAGUCUAUCAUUUAAUCAAAGUUUAUAUAACUUUAAAGAUAACAUAGUUUUAUUAAAUAAUAGAAUGAUAUCUAAAGAAAUACAAUUCAAUGAUAUUUUUGAAAAUGUUAUAGAUGGGAAUAUUUAUAUUCGUUCAGAUUUUAGACUUGGUCAAUCAGAUUCAUUCAAAAUCGAAUAUAAUUAUCAAACAGUUCAAUUCAAAUUCCCAUUUGGUUUUGGAAAAGGAACACUUAAGCAAUAUAAUCAUAUCUUUGACUAUCCAUUUUCAGUUUAUACCCAAUCAAUGAAUGUAUUACCAAUAUAUCAAAUUCAACCAUUCAUUCCUCAAACAUAUAACAAUCCUAUUCCUGAAGUUGAUAAAACAGCACCAUUCUUAAUCAGUUGUAAUAUUACAGCAUUAUCAUAUUAUUCAUUUAGAUACACUAUUCAAGCUGGAGAUAUAGAAAGUGGAAUCUACAGUAUUACAAUUCUCGAGGAUUAUGAUCCAAGAGGUGAAGGAACUGUUAUUCUAUAUCAAUCAAAUAUAAUUGGUGGAAAUAUAUGGAAUGGUACUUUCAGUGUAGAUAUGAAUGUAGAUGGUUACAAUCACGAUUCAUCAUUCAGUAUUGUCAUUGAAUCAAGAUCUGGUUUGAAAUCUAUUUUCAAAAGUGAAACUUUCAUUCCCUUCACUGUUAACUAUAUUAACAGAUUCCCAAAGAAAGUUUACUGGUCUGUAGAUGAUAUUUUAGAUAUACAAGCAGUAUUUAACGAUACAAAUCCGAUUGGAAAAUAUACUUCAAAGCUCUUCCUACUAUUAGCUGGCCAAGAUGAUGAUAUUAUCCCAAGGAUUCAAAUCGAUAUUUUACCACCAAAUCUUUCAAAAAGUAACAUGAUAUUGUCAGGUAGCUUUGUUCCAGGAACAGGUUUUCAUGAGUUUUCACUUCCGUAUAUUCCUUACUCCUCUAGUUUUGGUGACAACUUGAACUAUGUUCUUCUUGGUGACCGAGACAUUCCUUCCAAAGUCGAAUCCUAUUCGGAUAUUGUCAUGAUGCCACCGACAUUGAAAGCAAUCGAUAUUACAACUCUAGAGCAAGGAUUACAAUUCAAUUUCACAUUCCAAUGCUUUGGUCAAGUCAAUUGUGAAAAUACACCAAUUACCAAUGGAUAUGUUGUGAUUCAAGGUGAAUAUGAUCCUGUUCCAAAGAGAUUUAAUUUUUCACAAAUUUCAAACAAUUUUGCGUCACUCGUCGAGCUAUCCAAAACAACAUGCCGAAGUCAAAACUAUACCGUUGUAUCAGCAUAUCUUUCAGAUGGUUACAGAGAAUCAGAUUCUGAUGAUCCAAACACCAUUAGUCCAUUCCUAUAUAUUCAAAGAGAUAAUCUUUCAGUGUAUCAUCUCUGCUAUACACCAGCUCCAGACUCAAAUCCACCAACUUUAACAUCGUUCUCAAUGUCUCCAACAUCAAUCAAUGCAUCUAUCGCAUAUUUUAUAGUUGUCCAAGUUGUUAUUGAAGAUGACCAAAGAAUCAAAUAUUUCCCAACUUUCUACUGGGGAGCAGGAAAUAUAUCGGUGUCUCUCUACGGAUUAACAGAUGAAUACGAUAACUUUAACGGAUAUUCAACUUAUGAUCUCAGUAAAUUCAAUCAAUCGAUCAUUCACCGUAAAUAUGAUGGUGAACCACCAACUCCUGCUCCAUAUACGCCACAACCAACAACAAAACCACCAACAACACCUCCACCACCAUGCACCAAUCAAUGUUCAAACAAUGGUGUAUGCAUCCUAAACAAUCAAUGUAAAUGCAAUUCAGGAUAUUUCGGUCCAAAUUGUGAAGGUACUUCAUUUGCCAUUCCAAAACCACUUCCAGAUCCAGAAGAACCAAGAGUGAUUUCAGAUCCAAAAUCAGAUAUCAAUCUUGAAAUUUCAAUUGAAGAAUUGGUUGAAAUCGAUUCAUUGGAAGUUGUAAGCAAUCGAUAUUCACUUUUAAAUAAGAAAUGGACAUUGAUGACAUCGAAUAACAACAAUACAUACAAAUACUCUUUGGCAAUCAACAAUGAAACCAAUUUAUACAUUCAAAUCGAUUGGUCAGAUCAAGAGAGAAUCAUUCAAUUUGCAGGAUUAAACAUUACAAUUGCACCACACAGUUUGAAAUACACGAUUUCACUCGACCAUUAUUCAUUCAAAUCGAAUCUCAAUUUUCUUCAAUUGAGAAUGUCAACCAACUUUAGUUCCAACGAUGAAAAGUGUUCAUCAUCGAUCGAAACAUCAGGAAACAACAACGAUUUGGAAUGGAUCAAACUUCAAUACAAUGGAAAGAUCCUUUAUGGUAGAUUCGUUCAAAUUGCAUUGGUCGAUGAUCAACCACAAAAAGCAUCGACAAAGUUGAUCGAAUCCGAAGAAGAAGGUGGAUCAUCUUAUUUUGGAAUUAACAUUCCAUUUUUCGUCAAUACAGUCGUAUUAGAUCCCGAUUUCUCAGUGUUGGUAACUGAUCAAUAUGAUAAAUGCAAAGAUCCGUUAUUAUCUACUGGUGCCAUCAUUGGAAUUGCUGUUGGUGGUGCUGUCUUUGUCAUUCUCUCAUUAACUUCAUUCAUAAUAUUUUACAAUAGAACGAGAAGAGCAAUAUUGGUAUACAAAUUAAAAUCAUUGUUGAAACCAAAAUCAAAUACUGUGGAACUUAAUUAA